AUGGACGACAAACCCCUGAUUCAGAUCCCCCAUCAGGACAAACCCCUGAUUCAGAUCCCCCAUCAGGACAAACCCCUGAUUCAGAUCCCCCAUCAGGACAAACCCCUGAUUCAGAUCCCCCAUCAGGACAAACCCCUGAUUCAGAUCCCCCAUCAGGACAAACCCCUGAUUCAGAUCCCCCAUCAGGACAAACUCCUGAUUCAGAUCCCCCAUCAGGACAAACUCCUGAUUCAGAUCCCCCAUCAGGACAAACCCCUGAUUCAGAUCCCCCAUCAGGACAAACCCCUGAUUCAGAUCCCCCAUCAGGACAAACCCCAAACCCCUGAUUCAGAUCCCCCAUCAGGACAAACCCCUGAUUCAGAUCCCCCAUCAGGACAAACCCUGAUUCAGAUCCCCCAUCAGGACAAACUCCUGAUUCAGAUCCCCCAUCAGGACAAACCCCUGAUUCAGAUCCCCCAUCAGGACAAACCCCUGAUUCAGAUCCCCCAUCAGGACAAACUCCUGAUUCAGAUCCCCCAUCAGGACAAACCCCUGAUUCAGAUCCCCCAUCAGGACAAACUCCUGAUUCAGAUUCCCCAUCAGGACAAACUCCUGAUUCAGAUCCCCCAUCAGGACAAACCCCUGAUUCAGAUCCCCCAUCAGGACAAACUCCUGAUUCAGAUUCCCCAUCAGGACAAACUCCUGAUUCAGAUCCCCCAUCAGGACAAACCCCUGAUUCAGAUCCCCCAUCAGGACAAACUCCUGAUUCAGAUCCCCCAUCAGGACAAACCCCUGAUUCAGAUCCCCCAUCAGGACAAACCCCUGAUUCAGAUACCCCAUCAGGACAAACUACUGAAUCAUACCCCCAUCAGGACAAACCCCUGA